AUGCCGAGCCAACUCCCGCAAACGAAGGGAGUCUUGGGCUCUGCGUGGAAGGGCAUACAACAAGAGGGCGGGAUACAGGAACGCCCUGAAGACAAGUUACAGACAGAAGCCACGAUGCUACCUCUCUCCGACGCGAGGCACGGGACGGGUGCGCAAUCGCGCCCCGUACACAUCCCGGAAGACUGCACCGUGAGCACCGCCGGGGAUGACUCGCGUCGUCAAACGGACGUGAGCGAAGACAAGGAAGAGAAGAGGAUAUACACAGUACCCUGCAAUGAAGCGAAGAGCAUCAAGACAAUUGGAGAGACCUCCGGGUCCACGGAUGUAUACACAGGACCAAGCGCCGGGGAUAACUCGCGUCGACAAACGGACGGGAGCGAAGCCAAGGAAGAGAAGGGCAUGUAUGCAGAACCCUCAAAAGAAGAAAGUUCGUGUCGACAAACUGAACCGAACACCCGCGACGCUAGUGCGUCGCCUGACGGAGAUUCUCUGGAACCACGGGGUUCUGCCUCCGUCUUGUCCCGGAUCCUGCCUCGGGUCCAGGGCCCAUUGACCACCUUCCCGGAAGAGACGAGUGACGCUGAGGAGCCACGAGCCCCUUCUCGAGACUCAACGAACCCGGUGCUAGUCCAGACCCAGUUUUGGCGUGUUCGGGGGGGGGGGACUAUGAGUGCUGUAACCGUCGGGAGUACCCGGACUGAGUAUUGGAAACAGAAAGAUCCCCGUCUGGACUCGGAUAUCACCCCAGUAUUCACUGCAGCCCAGAUUGACGCUAUCUCCCGGUGCGAUAUGGCCGGACUUCCCGACUCUCGACAUGUGGAUAUCGAAGAACGGCUCUACCCGAUCUGGCUCGUCGGGGCAGCGGGUGCUAUCGAGCCAGCACCGGAUGAGCGUGCCGUGUGGGCAGGUGAGUUACCAGAGGAAGCAUUCUCCAUUUCGUUGGGCGGCGUCGGGACUCCCUGGAUCGUGUCGAGCUUUCCUUUUUGUGGUUAA